AUGACGAAAACCACAGAUUGGAUAGGUAUUGCACUUGGUAUUCUUGGUGUCAUCACUGUAGUUAUUGGCGUGCAGACCUGGUGCGCUAACUUGAGGAAAAAGCGCGGUGGCGAAGAUGUCGGGUCUAUUUGCCUAAAUAAAAGAUUGAUGGGGUUGUUCAAGGCAAAAGAGCCAUGGGGAUGGUUAAUGGGACGAGAGGUGAGAAUACUGGAGUUGCCGACAUUAUACGGUGUCUUGAGAGCUGGAGAAGCCAAUAAGUGGACGUCGGCACUCGUGGAGGGAAUAUACGAUAACCUUGACGAUGAAGUCUGCUGGAAGCAGCUUUACGAGCAAUUCUUCUUACACCUGGCGUGGAAGGAGCCUUCCGCUAUCAAAGAUGCCCGCCUCGGAAUAAUUAUGAAUAGAGCAAGUACCAUUAUACAAGGUGAAAAGAAGAAAGCCAUGAAAACACCAUCUAUUCUCGAUCUUGAAAUUAAAAUCGACCAGUCAUCUCUAAAAAAAAGGUGGUGUCUGUUUUGGUUGCGUUACCUUAUCAAAAAGUUCGUGCUCUGCAUUGUCAGAAAGUGCCAGCUUUGGUGUUGCGAAAAGCGUUGCGGACACUACGAAUAUCAUCGAUCGCACAAUCGAAAACUUCUGUACGAGAAAAUCCUAGAUCGCGCGCCUGUACUACAGGAUUGCGUGAGGUUGCUGGAGAAAAGCGACGGCGCAUCAGUCAUUGAAGACCCUCUCUAUGGCUACGAAUCGAUCUGGGAUCGGCAUCUACGUCCCAUUUGGAUUCUUGGCAAACGUCCAUGUUUACCCGUGUCAACUGAGCAGUUGGUGGGCUUCUGCUUGGCCUUUGGAAUAAAUCUGAGACGCCGGGACAAAGAUAAAUUUUAUGGAAGUGGUGCUUACGGUCUUAUGGUCAAUGUGUCUAGCCAAGACGACUAUCUUAGGGUUCACGUUACGCAUCCCAGGAGAGGUCCGAGAUUGCAGGCUUCGAAGGGCAACGGUUACUCCAUUCUAUUUGCUAAGCUGAUGGCUUGCGGUUGCCUUCCAUUCGCGCGAAAGCCAGGCUUAACCAAGAGCAUCCAGGUUAAUCAAGACAUUCACAACGCUAUUCGAUGGGGAUUGAGCAUCAAAGAUACCAGAGACUACCCGACGGCGCCCUCCAUCAACUUUCUCGGAGACCUUCCUGGCCAGACAAAUGACGACUACUAUUGUGUCCCAGGCCUCAUCGUGCAUUUUACAUAUGGCCAUAUUUGCGAUUCUCAUGACAAUCCCCUGGAACCUGGUGACCCUGAUCGCUGGACUUGGGCUAAAGCUGUCGCCGGGAUCGCUUUUGGCGGCUUUAUUCCUCAAGCUACUCGAAACCUUGUCUCUGCAGUACAAUUCACUGUCCUUGGGGCAGAUAUUAUUGGCGGUACACCAAAAGAGCUCAUGGAAGAUAUUGAGAUAUUGAUCAAUAAGGUGCAUACAUGGGACGAAAAAUACGAGCUUUUUGGAACGUACAUCGCAAGACGCCAGAUUGCCGCAAAUGCUCAAAAUAUUACCUACGUUUUUGAUCCCUGUGAUAUUGCGGAUGCGGUGGCGAUUUUCAGUCGUUAUGCAACGCUUCUCGAACGGUUUCUUGGCAUCAUAGCGGAAAGGGAAGGGACAACCACAAACUACAAAGACAGAGUAUACAGUGCACUUAGCUGCAAGCUGAAGAAAUCCUACAGACAAGCAGUUCACCAAUACACGGGACGUUAUCCAGCGAUCAGGCUGCUGAAAGGGACCCUUCUGGAUGAAGUAAAGGAAUUGGGGAAAUUCAGGGACGCCAAGAUUACAACUGCCUCACGAAUCGAUAGCUGCGCAGUGCUCGCCCGUAUUCUCAUCCUAGCUUGGACUUACCAGGUCAACCUCGUCAGGUGGAGAGGAGAAACGGAGUCACAAGCUGACUUUUACUCUAUUGCAAAAAACCAGGGUUUCAGACUUCUAACGGCGAGGGGCAUUCAAAAUUCUAACAAGCUGGGUGUAUUAGGACUGUAA